ACUGAGUUGUAUCGAUGGUCAACAGAAGUAUAACAAAUAUCCCAGGAAGCCGGCGGAAGCCAUAUCAAGCAUAAUGAGCCAGCCAAGCAGGAGACCCUUGCAGCGCACCCUAAGUCAGAGCUCCAGAGAAAGCUCUACGGGGUCCAGCUCAACCAAAGCUCCUGCCUCGGGAUCGUCGCAGUCCUCAGCGCCCAAGAAGAUGAGUAGCUUGAGCUCGCUGCAAACUUUUCAUUUCAAAGCCCCAAGGAGCAGCUCCCAAUCGAAGGCAGACCAAGAUCGAAUACUCAUGCCCCCUCCUUCAAAGUCGCGAUCGACUUCUCCUGUCAAGUUGUCUACAAAGCCUGUUAGCUCCGGCUCCACAUCUUCACAAAAAUCCGCACCUGCCCCGAAAACCGGAUCAAAAUCCAGCUCGUCAAAUGGCAGAAAGGGCAAGGGGAAAGAGAACGAUGUGAUUGAGCUGUUGAGCAGCGAUGAAGAGAUCGACGAGAUCCGCCUAGCCAGCCCGGUACGGACUGUGGGGAAGCGAAAGCGGAAAGAGGAAACAGGCAUGUGAUUUGCUAUUGUCAUGGCCACCAUUAGCUCACACAGCGUAGAUGUCGACGUCGUUGAGGAAGGCGUCAGUGGGACCUCUCAAAUGUGGACCGAACUCUAUUGCCCUACUGCCGAGUCGGAUCUGGCUCCUGGCAAAGCACGGGUACAGAAGAUCAAAGGUUGGUUACACGAAGCUCUGUUCGGAUAUCCCCCAGAGGUGACAAAACCUCCGCCUCCUUAUCUGAGAGACAAGCUACGGAAGUACCGUAGGAUACUUUUCUUAACAGGGCCAGCUGGUGCAGGCAAGACGACAACUUUGAAAUUGCUGGCUCAGCAGAUGGAUAUUGACGUGGAUGAAUGGGGCGAAGGCGUAGAGGAGUGGGGUGUAGGUACUGUGGGAGGUGGCGGAUUUGAGAGAGAAUCGUCGAUAUCCAAAUUUGCUUCAUUCAUAGAUCGUGACACCUCGUCUCUAUCCCUCUCAAGCUCCCGUACAGCCACUCCCCAAAAGAAGGCGAGAGCGCGUAUCAUCCUCCUCACUGCUCUACCAAACUUGUCGCAUCCCAAAACCAUGGAAGGCUUUCACGCCUCGCUCCUCCGAUUUUGCCAAAGGUUCUCGACAAACUCCUGCCCAAUGGUCAUAAUACACAGUGACGCAGGACAAUCCGGAAGAGCCGAGGAGAGCUGGAUGGAUGCCACUCGGGACAGGGGUGGACGUGAGAGAGGUCUAGAAAUACUGGGCAAGGAUAUUAAGGAUGGUGCUUGGUGUCAAGAGAUCGACUUCAUCCCUAUAGCACCAACUUUCAUGUUCAAGGCCCUUUCCCGUAUCCUUACGUUAUCCCCUCUACCGACCGCUUCACACCCCGCCAAAGCCACUCUUCAACUCAUCUGUCAAUCGUCCAACGGCGACCUUCGCGCGGCUAUCAACUCACUGCAAAUGUUCUGCGGCGGCAGAGGGAAAAUCCCAAACGGGCGCGGAGCGGCGAGGGGUCAAGGAAAGGGUCGAGGACAGAAGGACGAAGGACAUGUCGUGGUUAAAAGAAAGGGCAAAGGGAGCAUGGGUGGAAAGGGCGGACUGCUGGAUGUCAGUCCGGAGCUACGAGCGGUGCUGGAUGCGGUCACAAGGAAGGAGCAAUCGUUAAACUUGUUUCAUGCUUUGGGAAAGGUGUUUUACAACAAACGCCUGGGCGAUCCAAAUCAACAAGAAGAUGAGAACCAAGAAACCCUCGAGAUGAUUCGUCAACUUCCCAAAGAUGAUGACCUCCCAUCGCAUUUGAAAGAGUUCACCCGCCGCAAAUCACUGGUUCAAAUGGAGACUUUCAUCCCCUCCAUACCCCUUGACGCAUCGUCUUUUGCGCUAUGGGUCCACCAAUCGCUUCCUUCUUUCUGCGAAGAGAUAGAGCAGGUGUCACAAGGUCUGGACUACCUUGUAGAAAGCGACGCUAUGAGGACGGAUGAUGACAUUUGGCAAUCCCAACCUCAAACGAUUCAAUACGCCCUACAACUCACUCUCCGAGGCGCUGCCAUGUCCCUCCCAUCCCCAGUCCCGCGCGGCAAAGCCGCUCAUCACAAGAUAGUCAAACCGGCCUUCUUUUCGGAAUGGAAGAAGGAGCGAGAAAGUCUGGGUGCGUUGGAGAGUGCGGGGAGAUAUUUGGAAAGGCGGGGUGUGAAGGCGUCCAAUGUCCAGCUGGGCCAGGGUACGGGUGUACAGGAUGUAGGGGAGGGGUCUGCAGGAGGGACAUGGGGAGGUCUGCUGAGCAGGAAAGAGAUGAUCUGUGAGAUGGUGCCCAUGCUGAUCAAGAUUCAAAACCUCUCUGGUCAGCCUCUCCUACCAGUAUCGGCUCAGCCAGUCACACUUCCGAAUUGGACACCUGUCCGCGCAUCGGCCCCAAGUAGCCAGAGUAGCCAGAGCAGGUUCACCCAGUCGGCUGAUGAACUCACCGCAAAGUCGGAACUUGCGAUAGAGGAUGAGUCAUUGGAAGGUGUUUUGGGCGACUGGGACGAAGUGCCUGGGCACGUAGUCAACGAGGAGGCAGUCACAGAGGGAGAAGAACCAGAGCAAGGUGUAUGGGAUGAUGACGGCAUCCGAAAUGAUGGGGAAGAAGAAGCCCAGUUCAUCGAAGACGAUGACAUCGUCGACGAUUGGGAUUAGUUGUAUAUGAUACCUGUAGCCGUAUGCGACUCCAUUUGUAAAUCA